GCGGGAGGGGCGGCCCGCGGCCCCCGGCCCCGCUGCCCGCCCGCACCGCCCGCACCGCCCGCACCGCCCGCACCGCCGCCACCAUGAAGAAGCAUUCAACCGCAUGCGCCAGCUCGCCAACCAGAACCGUGGGCAGAGCUGAGAAGACUGAAGUGUUGAGCGAAGAUCUCCUGCAGGUGGAGAAGCGCCUGGAGCUGGUGAAGCAGGUGUCCCACAGCACCCACAAGAAGCUGACAGCAUGUCUGCAGGGCCAGCAGGGCGUGGACGCCGACAAGCGCUCGAAGAAGCUGCCGCUGACGACGCUGGCCCAGUGCUUGAUGGAGGGAUCUGCUGUGCUGGGAGAUGACUCCCUGCUGGGGAAGAUGCUGCGGCUGUGCGGGGAGGCCGAGGACAAGCUGGCACAGGAGCUCAUCCACUUCGAGCUGCAGGUGGAGAGAGAUGUCAUCGAGCCCCUCUUUGUGCUGGCUGAGGUGGAAAUCCCAAAUAUCCAAAAGCAGAGGAAGCACUUGGCAAAGCUCGUGCUGGACAUGGACUCCUCCAGGACGAGGUGGCAGCAGUCCGUGAAGUCCUCAGGCCUGGCCAGCAACCUGCAACCCUCGGGCGCCAAAGCCGACGCUCUCAGGGAGGAGAUGGAGGAGGCAGCCAACAGAGUGGAGAUCUGCAGGGACCAGCUCUCGGCUGACAUGUACAAUUUCGUGGCCAAAGAAGUAGACUAUGCAAACUAUUUCCAAACUCUGAUCGAGGUGCAGGCCGAGUACCAUCGCAAGUCCUUGGCGCUCCUGCAGAACGUGCUGCCCCAGAUCAAAGCCCAGCAGGAGGCGUGGAUGGAGAAGCCCUCCUUUGGGAAACCCUUGGAAGAGCACCUGGCUGUCAGCGGGCGGGAGAUCGCCUUCCCCGUGGAGGCGUGUGUGACCAUGCUGCUGGAGUGUGGGAUGCAGGAGGAGGGUCUGUUCCGAGUGGCUCCCUCGGCCUCCAAGCUGAAGAAGCUGAAGGCAGCCCUGGACUGCUGCGUGGUGGACGUGCAGGAGUACUCAGCUGACCCUCAUGCCAUCGCAGGAGCCCUCAAGUCCUACCUGCGAGAGCUGCCAGAGCCCCUCAUGACGUUUGAGCUGUAUGAGGAGUGGAUCCAGGCCUCCAACAUCCCAGAGCAGGAGAAGCGGCUCCAGGCUCUCUGGAACGCCUGUGAGAAGCUGCCCAAAGCCAACUACAACAACAUCAGGUAUGUGAUUAAAUUCCUGGCCAAGCUGACUGAGUACCAGGACAUGAACAAAAUGACACCGAGCAACGUGGCCAUCGUGCUGGGGCCCAACCUCCUCUGGCCACAGGCAGAAGGGAACAUGACGGAGAUGAUGACGACCGUGUCGCUGCAGAUCGUGGGCAUCAUCGAGCCGCUCAUCCAGCACGCUGACUGGUUCUUCCCAGGAGACAUUGAGUUCAACGUGACAGGCAACUAUGGCAGCCCCAUGCACGUCAACCACAAUGCCAACUACAGCUCCAUGCCCUCCCCGGACAUGGACCACGCCGACCGCCGGCAGCACGACCAGGCACGGCGGCCCCUCAGCGUGGCCACGGACAACAUGAUGCUGGAGUUCUACAAGAAGGAUGGCCUUAGGAAAAUCCAAAGCAUGGGCGUCAGGGUGAUGGACACCUCGUGGGUGGCUCGCCGAGGCACCUCCGCGGGACGCAAGGCAUCCUCCGCCCCUCCGUCCGCCCAGCCCCCCGCGCCGCCCGCCGAGCUGCCCCCCACGCCCCACUCGCCCAUUCCCGAGCAAUCGCCGGACAUUUCAGCCACGCCUUCCCCGCCUCCCACCAGCUUCGGCUUCCCGCCGGGAACCGAGCGGACAAGCACUUUCAAGCCCCCGGAGCUCUCCCCGGGGCCGCCGCCGCCCCCCGCCCCCGCCCCGCCGGCCGAGCACAGCCCGCACACCCUGCGCAAAGGGGCCAAGAAGUUGGCGCCCAUCCCUCCCCGGGCGGCCGCGGGGGAGCCGGGCGGGGGGCAGCCCUCCCCCGCCAGCCUGUCCCCGACCCCCCCCAGCACCCCCUCCCCGUACGGCCCCCCCGGGCCCCCCUGCCCGACCCCCGGGCAGCCCCCGCCGCCCCCGCUCCUGCCGUCCCCCGCCGCCGCCGCCGCCCCCCGGGCCCGCCCGACCCCCAAGCCGCGGCCGCGCCCCGCGCUGCCCCCGCCGCCGCAGCCCCCCCCGGCCGCCCCCGGCGCCCCCCAGCCCCCGGAGCCGCCCCGCCUGGACACCGCGGGCCCCGGGGACGGCGCGCUCACAGGUCUGCUCCGUUUUGAGGUCCCCUCCCUCCACGUCCCCCCGGAUGCUGCCCAGUGCCGGGACCCGCCGGAGGCAGCGCAGAGACUCUCGGGGCCGAGCCUGACCCCCCGGCAGGAGGAGGAGGAGGAGGAAUCAGAGAGCACAGCCCUAUGACAGUGUCCCUGUCCCCAAGCUCAUCCGUGCGGCACCCCGGGGCCAGCACCGGCCACCGGCACCGAGGGCCACGGGCGCGCCAGUUUUGGGUGGCAAAGCGCCCGGUUUGGGGGCGGUCGCUGUUCUUUCUUUCAUUUUUUUUCGCCUUAUCCAGACUUUGCCUUUCGGCCGGGUGCCUGCACCCCCCACCCCGCAGCACCCACCGUCCUGGGGUGACGCCACCACCUCCUCCGUGCCCCGGCGGCGGGUGCCACUGGGUACCAGCCAGGUGACAACGAGCUCGCCGGCGCUUUGCAGUGGGAUUUCCUUCCUUUGGCUUCUUCCCCCACCGCUUGUUUGCCGGAGCAGGAUGGGACCUGACCAGCAAUAACCUGGGCACGUGCAGGAUGUGGCCCCCCCGGGCUCUCGGGGUGCUGGCGGGUGAGGGUGCACGUCCCUCGGCACCCGCUGUCCCUGUGGGUUGGUGGCUUUGGUCGUGCAUGCACAGACAAAUUAACCUUUUAUCCUUUCCAGAGAGAGAAGAUUCUAUAUAUAUAUAUAUCGGCAGAGAUAUAUAUAUAUUAUAUAUUUGUAUAUAUAGAGAGAGAAACUAUAGAGAGAUUUGUUUUAUUUGGAGCCAUUCCCGCCCAGCCGGUGCGAGAGGGAGGAUGGAAAUGGCAGCGCUUCGCCCCCGCCCCGCUCGCGCCGUGCCCCUCGCCCCAGGUGGGCACCCGGGGGGCACCAGCACCCCGAAGCAAUCAAUAAAUCCAAUAAAUCCGUGUGCCACUCGCUGAGAA